GGAAUUUUUGCUGGUAGCGUAACGGACUAAGAAGCGGCCACUGAACUUGCUAUGAGUGGUUAUACGUGUACAUUCUCUUCACAAGGUGCGACUCUUGUACAACGCUUAUAUUCACCUGCUUUAUCCUCCUGAUGGUGUUGACCUCAAAAAUGCUAUUAUUUUCGUCGGGAACAAUAAAUUUUUGACGCUGUACGAUAAAACAUUUCCCGCAGGCGCUACAAAGUCCCAAUUUUGGCACUGUGUUUGAAAAAAGUAUGCCCCGGCCUUCGCAGAAAAAGAGGAAGCAACUCACGAAGAAACGUACCAAGCUAGCCGAACAGGAAUUGAAGGAAAAAGCCGAGCGCGAGCAGGCCAAGCGAAGUAUAAUUGCCAAUACGGAACAUCAACAACAAGCCCCUGCUCCUCCUGAUAGUGUAGUGACCACCGAGGAGAUAGUAAUUCCUUCGCUCCGAAUCCCUAAUACAGGAGCCCUAGAUCAUCAACAACAUCCGGCUCAAAAAUCCUCUGCAGGACAACUACAACAACCUGAAGUUGUUCGGUCAUCCACAGCCGAGCGCAGCACUGUGUGCACCGAGGGCGAUUUAUUCAACAACUUCAGGCGAAGCACUUUCUUCAACAGCUUUACUUCCGAAAAUGGCGCCGAGCAGCAAAACGACGCAGAGCAGGAACUUUUGCAGCGCCUCAGCUCCUGCAGCACAGCGUCCCCGGUUGUAGCUGAGGAACCUGCGACGUCGGGGGCCGUCAGGACGAACUACAGUGCUGCAGGUCCUCGUACAGAUUCAGAUUGUUCCACUAGACCUCCACGCCGGAGCUGCAGCGACACUGCUGGAGCAAGUGUUGUGCCAGCCACUAGCCCUGCCGCCAGCAAAAACCGUUCGCAAAGACGUUCUUCCAGCACCGCAGCGACAACUUUCCUGCACGAGCAGCAGCAGCAGGCUUUUAAUGUCGAGGCGCGCAUUCUCCGGGCUUUGAAUUGGCAAUUGGUCGAGGAGCUGCGGAGCACCCGGAGAGAAAACGCGUUUUUGCGGAAAGAAAAUGAAAAGUUGAAGAGCCAAGUGGAAGUCACCGCAGUAGUCGAGGAAGAUAGCAGCAUCAUCGUCUCCGGACCGCCCGUGCCAUUUUUGAAGGAGGUGGAUGUGCUGAACAACAGUGGAAGAAAGGAACGAAAGACAGGGACUACCUCGAAUAAGGAACUUCGGCCAGGAGCGCAAAGAACGUCGAUUAGCUGCGAAGACGAGUAUGCUAGCAACAACAGACAGCACUUGGAAAUCGAUGUGGAAGUUGAGUCGGUAAAAGCAGUGUCAUCACAGAAGAAAAGACCACUCCAAGGGGUAGAAAACAACACCGAACAUGAUUUUUCGUCUCCGGAAACCGCCGUCGGAAAGCAGCAAGCGCAGGACGACGAUGGGUGUGAUCAUGUUCCGGUGAGGGAGGUAGAAGUCGAUUUAGUUCAAAAUGAUAAUGACCGGGAGGAGGAUCGGAAGUUGGAGCUCGAAUUAGAAAAUUUAGUCGAAACCAGCUUCAACAACGGAGUAAGUGGUGGCGGUCUACCUAAGAAUUCAACAUCUUGCUUAGAAGUCAUCUCUCCGUUGCGGCAGGUGCUUGUGCAAGAAGCCAAAGAGCACGACCAUCAUCUCUGCAGCAGUCCAAGCGACGCGGAAGGCGCUGAGCUUGCGCAAGUCGUUGAUGAUGAUAUUUUGGUAGUCAACAACCACAGUGUCGCUGAAUCGAAGGCGGACAAGGAGACAGAGAAUGAGCAGCAAACAGCCGCCGAGGAACGCGAAAGAACUGCUGGUGGCGAAGGAAUUCUCUCAUUCGAGUCUAAGCAAGAAAGAACUGCGUCGCCAGGUGCGUAUGUGAAAGCAGCAGCAGACGUGGAGGGCAAAACCUCAACGACCGAUGAAGGAGAUGAAGCAAAUGUUGAAUACAGCGACGGCCACAAACCUUUCACCGUCGAGAAAGAGAAUGACUCUGUAGUUCCAGCAGAAGAUGAAUUUCGCACGAACGAGCCUGAGGGAGAACUAGAAACAAACGAGGUAGAAAAAUCGAAGCUAGAACCACACGAAAUCGGAGAAGUAAACGAGUUGUCCUCUUCCUCUCCUGGUACUCUCGAUAGCUGCGUUGUCUAUCCCGCCAAGGUUUUGCAAAAGUACGGGGAUUUCACUUUCUCGUUAUUGCAAAGAAGCCGUGCCAGACAGCGGGACUUCGCGAAGCGAGUUUCCUUAUUUGAAUCCAAUCAGCACCUGAACAGCAAUGCGGGUUCAAAUCGCAACUCCGUAAACAGCACGAAAACGACCGCCAGUGCAGCGUUCUUUCACGGCGGGGGCUCUUGCAACACCACCGUGAGCAGGAGCAGAGACUCUUACAGCAAGAAAAGCAGUAAUUUUGUCGACAUCAGCCGCAUUUCGACGAGCAAUCUAGUGACGAAACGACUGCAGGAGCUAGAACAGCAACAGCAGUUGUCGUCUUCUCCGGGUCUGCUGGCAGAAGCGAAGAGGAAAAUUACAAUAUCUUCGCUGAACAACAACAACAGCAAUAACGACCGAAAUCGUGGUGCUGGGACUUCUGUCGGUGCGAUCAAAGCUGCGCCGACGAGAAUUUCGAUUUCCAACAAUGGAACCAGUUGGUGCAGUAAAAAUGAAAAAGAUCAAAAUUAUGAAAACGCACUUUCAGUGACCGAGAACAAAUCUGCCGAUCAGAAUGCGUUCAAGAAACGAACAACGUUGAUCGACACCGCUUCAUCUCUUGCAGCGCCUUCCUCUGUCGUGUCGGUCCCGGAAAUAAAUGUACAGAAUUCAUCGGGUAGUUCUUCAUCAUCUUCAUCCUUCGCAAUAAAUGCGAAUCUUUUAAAUGCAACUGAAACUGCUGGCGGAUGCUCGGGUCUUGGUGGUCCGUUGUUUUCCAAAUCCAGCGCUCCCCAAAAAAUAAAUUCCGCCUCUUCGUCCAGUGUGCCAACUUCAGAACAAGACGUAGCGCAAUUAUCGUUUCCUCAUCCAACAACUACAACUGCAGGGUUCUCUGGUUGUGUUUCCGACCUUACUUCAAUAAGAACCGGGUCAAAGAGCGACUACGACCCGACAGACUGUGCCAUUGGUCUUAAGGCAGUAGAACUAAUACCGGAAGAAGUAGCUCCUGUACCAGAAACUACACGAGGGCCAGGAGUAGCACCAGUCGUGUCUUCUUCAAAUGACGAAAGUGGUAGACAACUAGAGGAGCUAUUUCCCAUCGCUGUGAACGACCAGUCUCUCUCCUCCAUCCCCUUCACGGACUAUUCCGUCGUUUCCAAUUCUGCUCUUCACCUGAGCAGCGGAAUCCAAACUACCAGUACACCAGCCGGUGGUACGAGUACCUCUGUUUGUUUCUCCGGGAAUGAGUUCUACUCGACUUCUGUACAGCAGCCGCAAUCGUUACAAGAACCACGUACAGCAUCCGUAGUAGAACAACAUCUUUCGCGGUCUUCUUCAUGUACCGUUGAGAACAAAACUACGAUGAACCCGGUGAAUUUCAAGAGUCUGAUAGAAUCCUCCCCUCCGACCACGACAAAACGCAGCGACGAGCCGCACAAGAACGACCAAGUCGAUAUUAAAGGGAAGCCUGCUCAUUUGUUGAAUGCAGAUGAACCAGUAGAACUUUCUACUCCACUAGACUACAAAACAAGAACGAAAACAAUAUCUCCCGAGGAAGAGAGUCGGAGACAGCUGUGCGACUGUAUCAGCUCCGCCGUCGUGCGAUUGCUGCAGAUUCCGGAUCCGCCGGUGGACGCCCGAAAGCACACGAAAGUGAGUUUCGAAUUUGUGCACGACCCGGAUCAACAUGUAGAAGAGGGUUUUGUACAAGAUGAAAGUCGUGGGGAACGAGAGGAAGACUCCAGGAAGGUGGGCAACAUCGAUAAUUUUGCCGCUUUGAAGAAGGACGAAGAUGCAGCAAACGGCGUUGGUCGUACUAAAAGUUCCGCACAGGAGGAGCGUCUUCCUCACAGCACGGUUGAAGAUGUUGGGAGUGGCGGGGCGGUUGGUAGCUUGACCAGGAAUACUGAUUCGAAUUAUGGCGGAAAUAAAGAAGGCGCGCCAAAGAAUUCCGGACCGGAAAAUAAACAAAAAACAUCUUCCUCUUCCUCGUCGUCUGCUUAUCUUCCCUGCUACUCCAUCACGGCGGUGAACUACUGUCCGAACCUGACCAACAAGAUCCGCACGUUUUUCAACCUCACCAGGGAAGAAUUCCAACACGAAUUGUCCUAUCUCACGGGCGGGCAGAAGGGCGAGGGCAAGUCCGACAGCACGUUUUUCUACAGCGCCACGGGGAAGUUCUGUUUGAAAUCGGUGAAGGAGGAGGAGCACCGGCUCCUCGUCUCGGGGAAUCUGCUGGAGGAGUACGGGAAGUAUGUGUUCGAGGAAAACAAGCACACCUUGCUGCCUCACUUCUACCUGUUGAUCAAGGUCGUCGUAAAUUCUGCUGGUGUCAAUAGUACCUCCGCGAAAGUAGAAAAAGAUGGUCCUGUAGUGGAACAAACGACGGCGAGAAGCAAGUUCUUUCUGGGCGGUGGGUCGUCAACAUCCAAUGCAACGCCAUCUGUUAGAAGUAGCAGAAGAGGCACCACCGGCUCUGCGCCGGCGUACUAUACCGCGCAUGCAUCUUCUGGCAAAGAGUCCUGUUUUCGGCUCCUGGUGAUGCAGAACGUGUUUCACACGCGGUUGAAGUUGCACGAGCGGUACGAUUUGAAGGGGUCGUUUUUUAACCGCUGGACAAAACCGACGAAGGGAGCGGGAGAGCUGAUCUUGGAGAGUAAAAGAACAACCGACCACGCCGCGCAAAAACAUCAAAACGGUAGGAGUAAAGAAGCUGUUCUACUGAGUGCUCCACCUGGUGAGAAGGUUAUAGAUUCUUCCAUCCAUCCCGCGGCGACUGCUAGCAAUCAAGUUAGUGAAGCAAGGGAUGAACAAACAAGACAACAAAUAGAGCCCGUUCCUGUCCCGAAUUCCGCACUGCUGGCAGACGACGAAAAACGAAUAAAGCCAGUCGACCCACCAGCAACAGUGUCUCCCCAGGACGUCGACGUGCUGCAAAGCGUAAGCAACUCAUCUUCGAAAAAUAAGACCACCCUGAAGAAGCGGCGGGAGACGAAGACGCUGAAAGAUUUGAACUUUUUCCUGUCGAGUAGCGGUGCGGGGUCUUUUCGGGAGAAGGGUUCGCGGAACUUAGCGUUUACGGCGGAAAAGGACAACAAGCUGUUCCGGCAAGCACUGCGGAAGGACGCGGACUGGCUAGCCAAGCACGACUUGAUGGACUACUCGCUCCUGAUCGGCAUCCAUUUUUCCAAGCGGAAAAGAGCAACUAAUCCGGCAGGUGGUCCUCUAAAGAAAAACACCGGUUUUGAAGGGCACGAUCGUUCUCUAGACCAUGACUUUCUUGCUGCUGGGCUGGAAAUAAAUAAAUCCUCGCAGCUACAGUUUUGCCACCACGGCGUGCCGGCGGUCUACAACUACAAUGCCAACGGUAGAAGUACUACCCCAGCGGCCGCGCAAUUUCAGGGAGCAUCUACUUCAAGCAGUUCCGUUUCUCGUCCGGUGUUGCUUUUUCUCGGCAUCGUGGACGUUUUGCAGGUGUAUUCGCUGAAGAAGAACAUGGAGAACUUGCUCAAGUCGACUUUUCUCUUUCAAAAGAACAUCUCUGCCGUGGAGCCCAAUGAGUACGCAGCGCGGUUCCUGGAUUUUCUCCUCUUCACCUGCUUCAGCCCGAAAACUUCUUUGGCGAAAAAUUCAGAUUCUGCACAGUUUUCAUCCUCGUCAAGUACUAGAGCCAAGGCGCCUGCAAGGAAUAUUCUUCCUGUAGUAGAGCAAGAAGCGAACGCGGAUGCAUCGAUGCAAGCGGAAAUAAUACACACCGCAACGAAGGACGAGAAACUAGGGGAAGUACCUAAAGGAGAAGCCACGUAGAAGAGGAAAUGAUGACAGAGUGUCUUCACAAAUUUUGGACUAACCAAUUCAUCAAGUUGAUGUACCCUGACUCAAUACAUGUGGCACAUAGAAGAUGAAAGAUUUUCGCAGUAGCAACUUCAGCGCAUGCACUGGCGAAGAUGGGAUCACUUGUUUUUACGUCUGAAAAUGAAUCCGCUGCUGUCAUUCACGUUGUACAUGACUGGCGACCCUUUUAUGAUAAUGAUGAUAACACGACAAGUAUACGAUUAGUUUACACUACACCCUCCCGUUGUACGACAAGAAACGACAUAAGAACUAGC